CUAAUCAGUCUGUUGUUAUCACUCAUCGCCAAGCUCGAGUUCCUCAUGAUUUUUCUGCUCCCCGCUUGGCCGGGCAACUUUUCCCAAACAAGGCACUGCUAGCAGUACCGCAUGCAAGAGCCGCGCCCUCUUCUCCAACGACUUACAACAAAUGUGGAAACAAGUGAGCAGAGGAGGGGGAGAGCUCUAUUCAGCUUGAGUUAGUGUUGAUGACGCAAAACCUUAAAAGUGGUUGCUGCAAACGAUGACAAGCUCCUCUUGAGUCUCCUCACUUUUUCUUUUCCGCUUUUUCUUUGUAGCAAAGGCAGGUCUCCUGCUUUUCUAUCUGCUAGUAGUUUGUACGAAAAAGUCUACAUUGAAGCUAUCCAAUCUCCUUGUUGAAGAUCCCAAGUGACAACCCGUCCAUCCAUCACUUACUCCGUAGUCAUUAUCCAUCAUGACUAUCCGUGUUGGAACCGCCUCACCCCACACUCAGGCCACCACCAAGCUCACCCUCGCGCAUCUUGAAGGCAUUGCCCGCCGCGCUGCAGACCGGGGCGUCGACAUCCUCCUCCUGCCAGAAGCCUUCAUCGGCGGCUAUCCGCGCAACACGACCUUUGGCGCUGUUGUUGGAAGCCGCUCUGCUGAGGGCCGAGAAUCGUUCGCUCAGUACUUUGAUAAGGCAGUCGAUCUUGGCGAUACCGUCGGCGAAGCCAGUGCAGGAGCCGGGUUGAGAUGGGUGCGUCGGCAACUGCCGGGAUAUGAAGAGGGUGGCAAGGGACGAGGCGACGGAACACGAGAAGAGCUGGAGAGAAUUGCUCGCGAGACGGGAGUCUUCAUCGUGGUGGGAUGCAUCGAGAAAGCGGGUGGGAGCUUAUGGUGUUCCGUGCCAUACAUCUGCCCGAGAGAGGGCAUGGUAGGAAAGAGAAGAAAGGUGAAGCCGACCGGCACCGAGCGCAUCAUGUGGGCAGAAGGCCACCCAUCAACCCUCCGCGCCGUGUCCACCGUCAUCCGCGGCCAGCGCGUCAACCUCGCCGCCGCAAUCUGCUGGGAGAACUACAUGCCCCUGCUGCGCCAGUCUCUCUACAACCAAAACAUCAACCUCUACCUGGCCCCAACGGCCGACGGCCGCGAGGGCUGGCUCAGCGCAAUGCGCACCAUUGGCAUCGAGGGCCGGUGCUUCGUCGUCAGCAGCAACAUGUGCGUCCCCGGCGAGGCCGGCGGCAACACGAGCCUCCCGAGCGAGGCCGGCUUGGCCUCCAUGGCCGCGCUGGGCGACCGGGAUGUGGUGCCGAUUGACGGCGGAGUAAGACGCGGCUUCGGGACGGCAGCCGGCGCGGAAGGCGCGAGGAGCAGCUCGCCGCCGAGUCCAUCCAAGGGGAGGCACGCACGGCGGAAGAGCGUCUUUGACGAGGACGGCAACGAGAUUGUGCUGUCGUGCCCUGCAGAGAAUGGCGACACCGCCCAAGAAGAGCAGCAGCAGCAGCAGCAACAGCAGCAACAGCAUCUUCCCAGAGUACAAGAAAACACCGAGCAAACUCAACAGCACAAACCGGCGGCUUACCUCUCCCGCGGCGGCUCUGCCGUCAUCUCGCCCUUUGGCGACGUCGUUGCCGGCCCUCAGUGGGAAGACUCGGAUAACCUCCUCUAUGCCGACAUUGACCUCCGCGACUGUAUCCGCGGCAGACUCGACAUGGACACCUCGGCCAGUUACGCGCGCAACGAUGCGUUCAAGUUGACGGUGGAGGGGUUGGACUUUGAUCCGCUGCCUUACUGAAAAAAACAAAAAAAAAAGGUGGAAAGAAAGAUGGAAAUGUCAUCAC